AUGUAUACUGCAAAUGACCUUUCGCCUGAAAUGAUUCUCAAAAUUGCUCAGCAAUUAUCAUUAUCGGAAGAUAAUAUAAGUCAAAUGUGUUUACAGAUGACGACAAUGUAUCGUGACAAUAAAAUAGCCGACGUUGCUGAUAUUGAUGGUGAUGGUGAUACAAGUAAUGAAUCUCGGUGCAUUGCUUUAGAGUGGUAUCGAAAAUGUUUAAAUAUUUCAAAAAAUAUGUUAACAAAAGCAACUUGUUAUUAUAAUAUUUUAUGUCUUUAUAAGGAUUUUAUUCUUGACGGUGACAAAGGAGAAGCUGAUGUUGAAAGUAUGAUCAGUUUAUUACCUGAAUUGAGUGCAAUUGAUCAACAUUUAUUGCUUGAUUUGGCAUGUCGAUUUGUGAAAGAGUAUGAUAACAGUCAAGAUUUUUGUGAGACAAAGAUUUAUAGACAAUUAGAAAAACUUGUCAAAGAUUCUCUUAUUAAACUAUUGAAAACGAAUGAUAAACUCAAAAUUGGUUGCUAUCUAAUGGAAUGCGGUGAUCGAGGAAGUGCUGAAAAAUAUUGGAAAUCUAUCAUUGAACAAGUUGAAUUGGAUAAAUCCCAAUAA